AUGGAAAGGACUACUUCUCAUUCAGUACCAAACAACUUUAAGAUGAUUUUGACAAAGCGCGGUGUACUAUCCAUGAUCGCUAGGAUCUUCGAUCCACUAGGCUUGCUCGCCCCGUCGAUCUUUUAUGCUAAGGCGAUUAUGCAGCGUGUGUGGCUCGCACAUAUCGGAUGGGAUGAUCAGCUUCCGUCAGAUUUAGCUGAAGAGUGGACUGAUUUUUAUCACUCGCUGGGAUGGCUCACGGGGAUCAAGAUCCCUCGCUACAUCGGUUGCUCAGCCGGAUGCAGUUAUGAGUUGUGUGGUUUCUGUGACGCUUCAGAAAAAGGAUAUGCUGCUGUUGUUUACCUUCGUGUGACUGAUCCGUCAGGAGGUACGCACGUGUAUCUUAUUGGGUCCAAGACCAAGUUAGCCCCAAUGAAGGCCGUGACGAUCCCGAGAUUAGAACUUUGUGGAGCAGUGCUGUUGGCGCUGUGGCUGUGCAGAUUGAAACGGAUUUUAGAGAACCAGUUGGUGAUUAAUGAAGUGUUUGCGUGGUCGGAUUCAACCAUUGUGCUCGCAUGGUUGAGUAACCCUCAUUCUUCGUUCAUGACAUUCGUGUCAAACAGAGUUCACCAGAUCAAGUCAACCGUUCCCGAUUGUCAGUGGUCUCAUGUCAGCUCAGACGAAAAUCCAGCUGAUUGUUGUUCUAGGGGUCUCCGUCCUUCAGAUAUUGUAAAGUCAGCUAUUUACUGGAAAGGACCUGCGUAUUUGGCAACAUCAGUAGAAAGUUGGCCUAAGGGAGUCGUGAGUCUAGCAUUAGAUCAGCUACCGGAAGUCAAGCCGGUGUGUUUGCUGACACAAGUUCAAUCUCCGUCGGAAUGGUUUGCUCGAUUUUCUUCGUUUGACAACAUGAUCCGAGUAGUAGCUCGACUACGUCGUUUCGUGUUCAGGUGUCAAGGGAAGGAGGUCCAAUCUGGUUUUCUGCAGCAGUCGGAGUUAGAUGCUGCCUUGAUUGCUGUUGUCAAAUGUGCACAGGUGUGCUUCUUGCGUGAAUUGGUUGAGUGCUUAACCAAGGGUGAAGAGAUUAAACAUAGGUCGCUGGCUCGUCUUUCCCCUUUCAUAGACUCUGUCGGAGUAGUCCGUGUAGGAGGUCGGCUUAACAAUUCGAGUUUGUCUCAGCGUAGAGUUCAUCCUAUGUUAAUUCCCAAAGAAUCGCAUCUUGCAAUGCUCAUUGCUGGACACUGGCAUCGUUAUGCCUGUCAUGCUAGUCCUCGGUUACUUACAGCAAUAAUAUCGAGACGAUUCUGGAUCGUUAACAUUCGUUUGAUUGUUCAUCGCGUGAUCCGAAAAUGUACUGUCUGCGUGCGAGUAGCAACAGUCAACCCUCAACCUCAGAUGGCAGAUCUGCCAGGGUUCCGAGUUCAGGAAGCUCAUCCGUUCUCUGUUGUCGGCGUUGACUAUGCGGGACCUCUGCAGAUGAAAGAGCUAAGUCUCCGUAAGGCUCGUGUCUGCAAAGUAUAUAUAGCUGUUUUUGUUUGCAUGACUACCAAAGCGGUACAUUUGGAGUCGGUUACUGCUCUGUCGACAGAUGCGUUUUUGUUGACGUUGGAUAGGUUCGUUGCUCGUCGUGGCCUACCUUCGUCUAUUUAUUCAGACUGUGGCACUAAUUUUGUUGGUGCAGCUAAGCAGUUGCGUCGGUUGAUCAACCACCCAGACCAAAGAGAUAGGAUCUCAGGUCAUUUGCCGUGCGAGUGGCAUUUCAAUCCCCCUGGUGCUCCCCAUUUUGGUGGGAUUUGGGAAGCCGCCGUGAAGUCGGCUAAGUCGUUGCUUUUACGUACGAUGACGUCUCAGAUUUGGACGUUAGAAGAGUUUUCUACUGUGCUUUGUAGGGUAGAAGCCGCCUUGAAUUCUCGUCCGCUCGUUCCCGUUUCUUCUGAUCCGAAUGACCUGGAAUGUUUGACUCCGGGCCACUUCCUGAUUGGUAGACCGUUGCUUGCGAUACCAGAAUCAGAUGUUCCUGAUGCGCAAAGAUCAGUCCAGACUCGCUGGAAGCUCAUCCAGCAGUCGUUCCGUUCGUUCUAGCGUCGUUGGUCGCAAGAAUACUUGAACACUCUUCAAGCUCGUGAAAAGUGGGUCAAGUCAGGUGACAACCUGAAAGUAGGUACUAUGGUUGUAGUGAAAACUGGCGACGCUCCGCCACUCUCCUGGCCCUUAGGUAGAAUUGUUGAAGUGUACCCGGGACCAGACCAAAUAGUACGUGUAGCUAAAGUACUCACUAGUCAAGGGGUAUUUACUAGACCAGUAGUUAAGCUGGUGCCUUUGCCUACUGAU